CUGCAUUUUGUGAAUGGCCUGGCGUCUUCUGGGACCUGUCAUGUCCACAGUCUGGUCAUCCCCUGUACUGUCUGCAGUCUCUUGGUCACCCCCUGUACUGUCUGCAGUCUCUGGUCACCCCCUGUACUGUGUCCGCAGUCUCUGGUCAUCUCCUGUACUAUGUCCGCAGUCUCUGGUCAUCUCCUGUACUGUGUCCGCAGUCUCUGGUCAUCUCCUGUACUGUGUCCGCAGUCUCUGGUCAUCUCCUGUACUGUGUCCGCAGUCUCUGGUCAUCUCCUGUACUGUGUCCGCAGUCUCUGGUCAUCCCCUGUACUGUGUCUGCAGUCUCUGGUCAUCUCCUGUACUGUGUCCGCAGUCUCUGGUCACCUCCUGUACUGUGUCCGCAGUCUCUGGUCAUCUC